UCUCGCUCUCUCCCCUCUAUCUCUUCCCUCUCUGUGUGCCCCUCUGUCCCUCCCCGCAGGGUCCCUUUCUCACCCUUCCCCGUGACAUUGACCCCUUCUGGGGUUUCCCCAUCCUUGCUGCAGGCGGAAGGAAGGACUGGCAGCUGGGCUGUUGUGGGAAAGGCCACGGGGUCCCCACUUCUCUCUUUCGUGGCCUCCUCUCCCGCCCCCAGCCUGGGGGCCUCCAGAUCACUGCUGGCCGUGAGAGGUGGCAGGACGAGGGCUCCUCCACCACCACCGCUGCCCUGUCCCCUGCUCGGCUCCCCGCUGGCCCCACCAGCCUGGGGGGGGAGUCAGACCCGGGAAGGAGAAGCUGGGGCUCCGACCGGGCGUGGUGCUUCCCCUUGGGUGGGACUCCAGUCUCCUGCCCCCACCCCCGAGGUGCUCCCUGCCUCCCCGAGGUGCUCCCUGCCCCUCUCCUGACAGCAGAGCCCUCGGAGACAUGGCCCCAAGACUUCUCCUGGUGCUCGCCCUCUGGGUGGGCUGCUCGCCCUGCAGCGGGAGAGAAGUCCCCACCCAGCCCAGGGUGCGGUGCCGGGCCUCUAGGUACCCAGUCGCCGUGGAUUGCGUCUGGACCCUGCCGGCCUCUCCGCACCCCACCAGGCCCACAGCCUUCAUUGCCACGUACAGACUGGGCGUGGCUGCCCGUGGGGAGAGCCAGCCCUGCCUCCAGCUGACACCAGAGGCCACCAGCUGCACUGUCCCCGACGUCCAGAUGUUCUCCAUGGUGCCCUACAUCCUCAACGUCACUGCUGUCCAGCCGCAGGCCACCAGCAGCACCCUCGUGCCCUUCGUGCCGGAACAUAUCACCCCUCUGACCCUGCGUCCUGCUUGUCCAUCAGUCAAACCCGACCCUCCAGAGGGCGUCCGCCUGAGCCCCAUCCCUGGGCAGCGGCUGUGGGUGCAGUGGGAACCCCCCCGGUCCUGGCCCUUCCCAGAGACCUUCUCCCUCAAGUACUGGAUCCGAUACAAGCAUCACAGAUCUGCCCGCUUCCGCCAGAUGAAUAAACAUAGGAGUCCACCGCGCACGCGCACGUCCGUAGAUGAGGCGGUCCAUCGUGCCCACGUGCCCACAGUGACCAUGCCCACCACGCACGCGCACGCCCCUCAGUGCGUCCACCGCGCAAGCGCACACCCCUCGGCCGCGAGCAGGAGCGAGGCGCCCGCACCCGCCGCCCCGCGGACGGACCCUGGAGACACGAUGCUCCGGGAGGGAACCGGACACGAGAGGCCACUCGGGGUGGGAGUCCACGUGCGUGACCGUCCAGACCAGGCUCAUCCACGGACAGGAUGGGGCUCGUGGGUGCCCAGGGCUGGGGGGGACGGGUGGGGAGAAACUGCUGAUGAGCACAUGGGUUCCUUUUGGAAUCAUAGAAUGUUCUGGAACCAGAGUUGACCAUUGCACAAUGGUGGGAAUGUACUCAGUGCCACUGGAUGGUGCCUUUUAAUUGCUUAAUUUCAUGUCAUGCGAAUCUCCCCUUGAUUGAAAACAAAUACACUUUUAAAUUUUUA